AUGACUGAAACCCCACGAAAAAACAAUGGUGAACAUGCACCAAGGCCCCAUGUCUGUCCUAUUUGCCAUAGAGCAUUCCAUAGGUUGGAACACCAAACCCGUCACAUGAGGACACAUACAGGUGAAAAACCUCACGUUUGUGAUUUCAAAAAUUGUGGUAAACGCUUUAGUCGCAGUGAUGAAUUGACAAGACACAGGAGAAUCCAUACGAAUCCACAGCCAAGGGCUAAAAGAGGUAGAAAGAAGAAGAGUGAAAUACUACAAGAAACUAAACCCCAAGAUUCGCCGGCUCCACCUUCUGAUGAACCUCCUUCCCAUUCCUCAUCGAGCACCUCUCUCUCGCUACUUCGAGGCACUUCGGAAUCUCAAGAACCAGAAUUGGCAAUUAGUCCUUCAUCGACACCGUUUGCAACUCCAGGCACUACACCUACGGUGAGCCGUAGUAGCAGCCGCCAACGUCUUACUGCACUAUCUUCAUUACAGCGAAUGACACCGCUAACUACAACCGCUCCAACUUAUGUUGACUCAACGGCGCCACUGCGAAGAAGACCAGGAAGCGCCUUGAGUUUGAACGAUAUGUUGAGAGAGUCAGAUUCAGACAGCGAUGAUUCCGACAGAGGAAGAAAAAGAAGUAGAACUGCAACGCCGGCAAGCAGUAGAAGCGAAAGCGUUGCAAGAGCAAAUGUAAACACUACCAGCGCAACUAAUACUGUUGCCCCGAUAUUACCUACUCCUACAUUAGGUCCUGCGGAACUAAGCAACAGAUUACUAGAGAUCCAGCGGCAGCAGCAACAGCAGCACGAUCCGUCAACGGCCCUUCCUUCUACAGCGGGUGCUUCGACGGCUUUCUCCGGCUCUGCUUCGGCCGCUGGUAUCAGCAACUCUACACAUCAUACUGACGCUAAUAGUCACCCCGCGCAAAAUCCAGAUCAGGAUCCCGCCCCGCUACCGCCCCUCAGAAGUCUCCCCCUACAGUUUCCUACCGGCUAG